CAGUAACGUACUGUAAGCUAUGCGCUCAGAAAUAAGCGGCGAACAUUCGAAACUCAAAAGUAUUCUCAGUUGAUUUGUAAUCGCGACAGAGACUACGCGUCCACGCCGAUAAAGUGCCUGAGUGAUGUGCCUUUUGUGAAGUUAAGUGGAUUAUAGUCCAAGUUUACCGAUUGUGUUUAUUCAAGUGUUACAAGAUCAAGAUGGAGUUAAGGUUAUGUUUGGUGCUGGCGUUAGCGAUCGGGUGCUUCGUUAAAUGUUCAGAAGCGCGACACUCCGUAGCCCGGCGGUCCAAUGACGUCAACUACGUCGAUGAUGAGGCUGGUGAUGACUUGCUGGCUGACGCGGCGAGCGAUGAUGACACACAGAACGACGCUGAAGGAGGCGAUGAAGAGGAAGAGGUGGAAGAUGCCAUCAUCAUCACCCAGUCCACCAACUACAGCGUCGACCUCGGCAGUAAUGUGAGAUUGGCUUGCCAGGUGUCACCUUCAGUCGGAGUGGUGGUGCAGUGGAGACGAGGAACUGUAAAAUACUUCCUCGGCACCAUGAAACCCACGGAGCAGCUGCUGCAGACUUAUGGGAUAGACGAGAGAUUCUCCAUUGCCCCCAACUCCACGGACCUCCUCAUCAGGGACGUACAGCCUGACGACAGCGGGGUAUACUCCUGCGAGAUCCUUCAAGAGAACCUGCCGUCCAUCCACCAUAGGGUCGCCGUUUUGGAAUCACCGAGGAUCAGAGAGUUCAUAGCCACCGACAACGGACGCGUGACAGAAGGAGCGGAUCUGGUGCUGACCUGCGACGUUACUGGCUCCCCACCGCCGAAGAUCGUCUGGUCUAGAGAUGGACCGAACGGCAACGAGCGUCUGCACGAGAGAGACGGCGAGUUUUUCAACAACAGCGUCCUCAUCAGGAAUGUGAAUCGCCAGCACACCGGAAAAUACUACUGCUACGCUUUCAACCCGAUCGGCUCGAAUCAGGCCGAAGUUAAUGUGCAUGUUAAAGGCAAGCCCCGCGUCCACGUGCACCGGACUGUGGUGAACUCCGCCGUCAACGUCGAGGCGGUGCUGCAGUGCGCCGUGCACGAUGAUUCUGAUGUCCGAAUCCGCUGGUACAAGGAUGGCCAGCUGGUCUCCAACACCGGCGCCUACGCCGUGGUCUCUGCGGGAUCGCGCUCCAAUCUCACUGUGAUACCGGAGAGCGAUGCGCACUUCGGCACUUACACUUGCGAGGCGGAGAAUGACCUUGGCAAGCACAACCGUUCCAUCGACCUGGUUCAGUCUCCUGUCGUCGAGAACCUUGAUGCCGAUGGCCCCAAGCUGUCCUGGACGAUCCACUCCCACCAGCCGCUGCGCCAGAUCGAGAUACAGCUGAGACAAGCUGGCGGGGAGGGAGAAUGGCGCACGAUCACCGUGCCGCUGCCCGAGGAGCGUCGUCACGUGUACAACCAGGUCUAUCUUCUAGAAGACGUCGAGAGCGGGAAAUACGAGGCCACCGUCAGAGUGCAGAACGAUAAGAGCUGGAGCCAUAGUGACAGCGCGCUAUUCGAUAUCGAAGUUCAACCGGAGUUAAUCCAGCAUGCUUCAGUGUACCGAGGCGGCUCCGACUCCUUACGACCAACGAUGCUCGCGCUCACCACUCUCAUAUAUCUCCUCGUUCGAAUGUAAACUCCGUAGCUCUAUUUAUUUAUUUAGAAAACAAGUAUUCGUGCUAUAAGACCGCUUAAACAGAAAUAGUUUAAUUAGAAAAGAGCUUUGGCGAAAAUCUGGCUUUUCACUUCGGCAGAAGAAACAUGCAUAAAAAAGUAAAAAAAAAAAAUAAUUAUCCAGAAAUUUUCAAAUUUU